UUGCAGGCAAAGGGUCCUUUUUGUCUUCGUUCACUUUCCCCCCUCAGUUUCUGAAAUGAUUCUCCAGAAUUUCUCCUCGUAAAAAAGGACUGAAUGUGGGACUAGCCGGUGUCACCUCACUUUGACCUAAAAAUCCCCUUCUGUUUGGGAGGCAGAGAUUAUUCUUGGAAAGUUCUUCCGUGUCCCAAUGUAGAAGAGAGAGCAGAUCGGACAUCUCGAAAGGUGAGGAUCACCUUUGAGAAAGGGGUUCCCAGACUCCGCCAGCUCCUCACCUCCAGGAUGAGCACUGCGGUAUCGUGACCCUUGGGGUUUUGUGCGCCCUGGAGAUGCGAGAUUUUCCUUGGGGAGCACGAGGCACACACCCAGAGAAUGCUGGAGCCGCAAGGGGACAGGACCCACUUCCAGAGCCGAGAAAAACCAAGAGAAAAAAGGCGUACAGGCUGCCAGCGCUAAGGGCCGCCGCCACUGCCCUCCGCAGCUCUUCCGGCUGCCGCCCGAGAGGAACUCGGUGAGCCCGUCCCUGUCUGUGGCCGCACACUCAGGAUUUCAAUCAAUGCAUUCCAGUAACCCUAAAGUGAGGAACUCCCCGUCAGGAAACACACAGAGUAGCCCUAAGUCAAAGCAGGAGGUGAUGGUCCGUCCCCCUACAGCGAUGUCCCCAUCUGGAAACCCCCAGCUGGAUUCCAAAUUCUCCAAUCAGGGUAAACAGGGGGGCUCAGCCAGCCAAUCCCAGCCAUCCCCCUGUGACUCCAAGAGUGGGGGCCAUACCCCUAAAGCACCCCCUGGCCCAGGUGGGAGCAUGGGGCUGAAGAAUGGGGCUGGAAAUGGUGCCAAGGGCAAGGGGAAAAGGGAGCGAAGUAUUUCCGCCGACUCCUUUGAUCAGAGAGAUCCCGGGACUCCAAACGAUGCCUCUGACGUUAAAGAAUGUAAUUCUGCCGACCACAUAAAGUCCCAGGAUUCCCAGCACACGCCACACUCGAUGACCCCGUCAAAUGCUACGGCCCCCAGGUCUUCCACCCCCUCCCAUGGCCAGACUACUGCCCCAGAGCCCACACCUGCUCAGAAGACUCCCGCCAAAGUGGUGUAUGUGUUUUCUACUGAGAUGGCCAAUAAAGCUGCCGAAGCUGUGUUGAAGGGCCAGGUUGAAACUAUCGUCACUUUCCACAUCCAGAACAUCUCUAACAGCAAGACAGAGCGAAGCACAGCCCCUUUGAACACACAGAUCUCUGCCCUUCGGAACGACCCAAAGCCCCUCCCGCCACAGCCCCCAGCUCCGGCCAGCCAGGACCAGAAUCCUUCCCAGAACGCCAGGCUGCAGCCGACCCCGCCCGUUCCGGCACCAGCACCCAAGCCUGCGGCGCCCCCGCGUCCCCUGGACCGGGACAGUCCCGGUGUGGACAACAAACUGGUCCCUUCCGUGGGCAGCCCUGCCGGCUCCACACCUCUGCCCCCGGACGGCACUGGGCCGAACUCGACACCCAACAACCGAGCGGUGACCCCUGUCUCCCAGGGGAGCAAUAGCUCUUCAGCAGACCCCAAAGCCCCUCCGCCCCCAGCAGCGCCCAGCGGAGAGCCCCCCGCAUUGGGAGAGAACCCCGAUGGGCUGUCCCAGGAGCAGCUGGAGCACCGGGAGCGCUCCUUACAGACGCUCCGUGACAUCCAACGUAUGCUCUUCCCCGACGAGAAGGAGUUCACAGGGGGACAGAGUGGGGGGGCCUCGCAGAAUCCCGGGGUGUUAGAUGGACCUCAGAAGAAACCAGAGGGGCCGAUACAGGCCAUGAUGGCUCAAUCCCAAAGCCUAGGGAAGGGCCCUGGGCCCCGGACAGAUGUGGGUGCUCCCUUUGGCCCCCAAGGGCAUAGAGAUGUGCCCUUCUCUCCGGAUGAGAUGGUUCCGCCUUCCAUGAACUCCCAGUCUGGGCCCAUGGGACCCGACCACCUGGACCACAUGACCCCCGAGCAGAUAGCUUGGCUGAAGCUGCAGCAGGAGUUCUAUGAGGAAAAGAGGAGGAAGCAAGAGCACGCUGUUGUGCAGCAGUGCUCCCUCCAGGACAUGAUGGUCCAUCAGCAUGGGCCGCGGGGCGUGGGCCGAGGGCCGCCCCCUCCGUACCAGAUGGCCCCUGGCGAGGGCUGGGGCCCGGGGGGUGCGGAGCCCUUUGCUGAUGGGAUCAGCAUGCCCCAUUCUCUGCCUCCGAGGGGCAUGGCUCCCCACCCCAACAUGCCGGCGAGCCAGAUGCGCCUCCCUGGGUUUGCGGGAAUGAUAAACUCCGAAAUAGAGGGGCCGAACGUCCCCAACCCGGCAUCCCGACCGGGUCUGUCCGGAGUCAGUUGGCCAGAUGACGUGCCAAAAAUCGCGGACGGUCGAAACUUCCCGCCUGGCCAGGGUGUCUUCAGCGGUCCUGGCCGAGGGGAACGCUUCCCCAACCCCCAAGGAUUGUCCGAAGAGAUGUUUCAGCAGCAGCUGGCAGAGAAGCAGCUGGGUCUCCCCCCGGGGAUGAGCAUGGAAGGCAUCCGGCCCGGCAUGGACAUGAAUAGGAUGGUCCCCGGCUCCCAGCGCCACAUGGAGCCCGGGAGCAAUCCCAUUUUCCCUCGAAUACCCGUCGAGGGCCCUCUGAGUCCCUCGAGGGGCGACUUCCCAAAAGGGAUGCCCCCACAGAUGGGCCCGGGUCGGGAACUCGAGUUUGGGAUGGUUCCUGGCGGGAUGAAGGGAGAUGUCGGUCUAAACGUCAACAUGGGCGCCAACCCUCAGAUGAUACCUCAGAAGAUGAGAGAGGCCGGGGCGGGCCCUGAGGAGAUGAUGAAAUUACGCCCAGGUGGCGCGGACAUGCUGCCCGUUCAGCAGAAGAUGAUGCCCCUGCCAUUUGGGGAGCACCCCCAGCAAGAGUACGGCGUGGGCCCCAGGCCCUUUCUUCCCAUGUCUCAGGGUCCGGGCGGCACGAGCGGCUUGCGGAAUCUCAGAGAACCAAUCGGGCCCGACCAAAGGACUAACAGCCGGCUCAGUCACAUGCCACCACUACCUCUGAACCCUCCCAGUAACCCCACUGGCCUCAACACGGCUCCACCAGUGCAGCGCGGCCUGGGCCGGAAGCCCUUGGAUAUAUCUGUGGCGGGCAGCCAGGUACAUUCCCCAGGCGUUAACCCUCUGAAGUCUCCCACGAUGCGCCAGGUCCAGUCACCGAUGCUGGGCUCGCCCUCGGGGAACCUCAAGUCCCCCCAGACCCCGUCGCAGCUGGCAGGCAUGCUGGCGGGCCCAGCUGCUGCCGCUUCCAUUAAGUCCCCCCCUGUCCUGGGGUCUGCUGCUGCUUCGCCUGUGCACCUCAAGUCUCCAUCACUUCCUGCCCCGUCACCUGGAUGGACCUCCUCUCCAAAACCUCCCCUUCAGAGUCCCGGGAUCCCUCCAAACCAUAAAGCACCCCUCACCAUGGCCUCCCCAGCCAUGCUGGGCAGUGUAGAGUCAGGCGGCCCCCCACCUCCUACUGCCAGCCAGUCUGCCUCGGUGAAUAUCCCCGGAAGCCUCCCGUCUAGCACACCUUACACCGUGCCUGCGGAGCCGACCCUUUCCCAGAACCCGCUGUCUAUUAUGAUGUCUCGGAUGUCCAAGUUCGCGAUGCCCAGCUCCACCCCUUUGUACCACGACGCCAUCAAGACCGUGGCCAGCUCCGAUGAUGACUCGCCUCCGGCUCGCUCUCCCAACUUGCCAUCAAUGAAUAACAUGCCAGGAAUGGGCAUUAAUACACAGAAUCCUCGAAUUUCAGGUCCAAACCCCGUGGUUCCGAUGCCAACCCUCAGCCCCAUGGGAAUGACCCAGCCGCUUUCUCACUCCAAUCAGAUGCCCUCUCCGAAUGCCAUGGGACCCAACAUACCUCCUCAUGGGGUCCCGAUGGGGCCGGGCCUGAUGUCACACAACCCUAUCAUGGGGCACGGGUCCCAGGAGCCUCCGAUGGUACCUCAAGGACGGAUGGGUUUCCCCCAGGGCUUCCCGCCAGUACAGUCUCCUCCGCAGCAGGCUCCGUUCCCUCACAACGGCCCCAGUGGGGGGCAGGGCGGCUUCCCAGGAACCAUGGGUUUCCCAGGAGAAGGCCCCCUCGGCCGCCCCAGCACCCUGCCCCAGAGUUCAGCAGAUGCAGCACUUUGCAAGCCUGGAGGCCCCGGGGGCCCUGACUCCUUCGCCGUCCUGGGGAACAGCAUGCCUUCGGUGUUUACAGACCCAGACCUGCAGGAGGUCAUCCGACCCGGGGCCACUGGGAUCCCAGAGUUCGAUCUGUCUCGCAUUAUUCCAUCUGAGAAGCCUAGCCAGACGCUGCAAUAUUUCCCUCGAGGGGAAGUCCCAGGCCGGAAACAGCCCCAGGGCCCUGGGCCUGGGUUUUCGCACAUGCAGGGGAUGAUGGGCGAACAGGCCCCCAGAAUGGGACUGGCAUUACCUGGCAUGGGGGGGCCAGGGCCAGUGGGAACCCCGGACAUCCCUCUUGGCACAGCUGCAUCCAUGCCAGGCCACAACCCAAUGAGACCACCAGCCUUUCUCCAGCAAGGCAUGAUGGGACCUCACCAUCGGAUGAUGUCACCAGCACAAUCUACGAUGCCCGGCCAGCCUACCCUGAUGAGCACCCCGGCCGCUGCCGUGGGCAUGAUUCCCGGCAAGGAUCGGGGGCCUGCUGGGCUCUACACCCACCCUGGGCCUGUGGGCUCCCCAGGCAUGAUGAUGUCCAUGCAGGGCAUGAUGGGACCCCAACAGAACAUCAUGAUCCCCCCACAGAUGCGACCCCGGGGCAUGGCUGCUGACGUGGGCAUGAGCGGAUUUAGCCAAGGACCUGGCAACCCAGGAAACAUGAUGUUUUAAGCUGCUAAGAUUGGAUGUGCCGAUCCUUGUCAAGAUGAGAUUCCGGGUCCUGAGAGCUGCCUUGGGGGGGUCCCAGGUGUACUGUUGGUCAUGCAAUAGGAGAACAGAGACCCCAAGGGCUGCUUUGGGGGAGGGGGGAAACUCGAGAAUGUAUGGAUUUACCUGAAAACAAAUGAUUCAUUUAAUCAACAGGUGUGUUUUUUUUUAAGAUUUAUUUUUUAAAAAUUAUUUUUGUGGACUUGGGUAUCCCGUGAUGGCACCUACUUUUGGGAAAUCUAUAGCCUGUGCUUCGAGAAUUGCCAUCGGUCAUGUGUUGCACCGUUCUCUGUAUGUUUACGUCCUUUGGACUGGCUUCUCCCAGGAUUCUUUUCUGGUUUUGUUUUUUUGUUGUUGUUGUUGUUUUGGUUUUUUGGUUUUUUUUGUUUUUUGUUUUUGUUUUGUUUUUUGCUUUGGGCUUUAUUUUUUUGUGUACUGUACUAUAUUGUAAAAGGGAUUUUAGCAGAGACUUUAGUCUUUGGGACGAGAGGAGAACAGGAAUGCUGGGCUGUUUACUUUAGGUGGAGAAUCCAUCUUCAGACCUUUGGACUAUUUUCUUUCAACUCCAGUGUAUAGAAAAAAAAACCAAACUACGACCUCAGAGCAGAGUAUUAAUGAAAAGCACAAAAAAAAGGAACUAAGUUCAGCGAGGGGUGGGGGGAGGGGGGAGAUUUUUUCUUUUCAAAAAUAAUGAAGCUUAGGAUGUUUGUUUUUCGGUUCGAGUGCUCUCCGGCACUGUCUGUCUCUCCCAGUCUGCAAACCCACCUUCACAUUUUUCUCUCAGUUUCUCUUCCCUUCCCCCACCCCCCAUCUUCUUGGUUAAGUGUGUCUCUUUCUCCCAUGGUCCCUGACUGGCGACCCCUGCUUUCCUCCUCUUUCCCUUUGGCAGCUGCAAUACAAGGUGUUCUUUUGGGGAAGUAAAUCUAACGAAGCCUCGCCUUCCAGGCUGAGGGUCGUCCCGAGGGAAAGGCCUGUGCUUGGGAUGCUUGAUGGUCUUCUGCUCCCUUUCUCUUCUUCCCCGACACGCCCUUCCCUGCCCACCUUGUUUUCUGUUCUCCUUUUAUUAGGAAUUCCCAAGUGAAUUUCACCGAUGUGGGAGUGGAACAGAUGCUAAAAGCUAUCCAGGAUUUUGUUUUUGUUUUUGUUUUUAAUUUUGUGGUUCUUUCACUCCCCUCCCCCUCCCAUGCGUAAAACGUUCUGUGUAACCUCCAUUAAAUUUGGUACAAAACCACUCACCAGAGCUGUGGUGUCAGAAAAAUAAAAUAUAUUGUUUCUUACAAAAUCAAAUGGCCUUUUUUAUUCAUUUGAGUUCCUGUGUUGGUUGGUAGGGGGCGUGGUGGCUGCCACGUGGCCCAGAAGCAUAGCCCACUUUGUAUGGGAGUUGGCUGAUGAGGAAGGUAAGCGAAGGCUCCAGAGCUGCCCGCCCAGGUGAAGCAUCUUCCCUGCGGAUGAGGAUUAAUGAGGAAUAAAUACCUGAGGAUUUAUCCUGCCUACUGGUUCUGUCCCAGUCCUGAAAGCCUGGCUAUGGGCAGAAGAGCAGCGCCGUCCCCAGUGCUGAAAUGCACCUCUAGACAUCAUGAAUGGUCCUUUCCAGGAAUUUCUGUGACAGCCAAUUUAAUGGUGUGAAGUAAUUGAGGCUGAAGGUAGAUUUUCAUUCAUCUGCAUAAGCCAUGAAAUGUCCCUGGAUCUUGCUAAGGUAAAACAUUCCUACUGUCCCUGCAAACUGUGGGUUUCCACAAUCGGUGGGUUUCUGCGGUCCCUUCUGUCUCCCUUCCUCACUGCCUGCUCAUUGGGGUCCCCUGCCCCCCACCGGGGGCCCUGCUUCGUCUGCACUAGGUUCAACACUCCCCUCCCCCAACCACACACAGGCCCCCCGCGCACAGUGUGCAUCCUACACGGUACAUGUCUGAGGGGCUGGCUGUUGGCGCUUCUGUGCCUUUGGAUUUGUUCUGUUGGGUGGAUUUCUUUAGGUCCUAGGCUUUUUUUCAGCUGAGGGAGUGGGCGCCCGUGGGCGCGUUCCUUCAUAGGUGAGAGAAGUGAGGCACUGCAGGUGCGGAGUCUGCAGACAAACUUGGACAAAUUAGGCUCUGCUGGUGUCCUACAGUCGGGAGUUCUUCCUGCGACGCUUUCUCUCUCCACGAAGUGUGUGUGAGAGCCGUUUUCUCUCCCACCGUAGGCAGCCGCCCUGUCUUCUCAGUAACACUUGAGCCCCAGACAACAAAAGUGAGAGGACUGGCUCCGCACCUCCCCCACAGGCACCUCCACGUAUGUUCUCGUGCAGGUCUUUGAUGGGCCUACGAAGUAGGUGGUAAUCAUCUCCUUUGCGGAUGAGAAAGCUGAGCUCAAGUUUAAGAAUUCUGGCACAAUCAAAUCUAUUCAGAUGGUCCUGCGUGGUGAAAAUUUUAUGUUAGGAGAGGAAAAUGAGGGUUUUGUUUCCUGAACUUAGCCAUUUUCCUAGGUCCUCUGGCUUUGAUGUAUACAGAAGACAGCAGGGAAAGGGUGAAGCAUGGGGAAGGGGAGAGGAGAGCGCCCUAAGGAAGGUUAGGACCUGGUGUUUGUCCACUGGACUGGCUUCUUGGGGAGUCCCACUCCCUGCUGCACCUAAUGGGGUUGUGCCCACUGAUCGUGCGUGGUCCUCUUGCUACUGUCCUUAGGAGAGACAGAGCUGGGUGGGCAAGAGCUGGGUGGCCCCUGCUGGGAGAGGCUGCUGGGAGAGGCUGGGGAUUUGGCCCUGCUCGCGCCGCCCCCUGCUGGACACGCGCGGCAGUGCACAUGCGCUGCCCACUUGCAGAGCCGCGGCGUUUUGAAAGGACCCCUUCAUAAAUCUUCAUUCAUUUACAUUGUCAGCAGAUACCAACACCAUUUCAUCACGAUGAUAUCUGAUAAGCUAAGUUCAUCUGGGGUUUGAACAGAACAAUUUCUAAUUUACUAAGAAUGCUGUGAAAUAAAAUCACAUUUGAGAGACUGGAUGCUGUUGCACAGAGAACCAAUUUUUAAAAAUUAGCAAAAGGUGGAUAAAGAUAUUUCACAUUAAUAUAAUCCUCUGAAAGCCCAGCCAGUCUCCCUGCAGUUUCAGGACGGAAUGGAGGAAGUGCAAUAAUGCUGUGUUACUUCAUUCCGGGGGUAAGUGGUGGGGGUGUGUGUGGAUCAUAGCAUUAUUUCUUAAGGACUAACAGAGUGCAGUAUUUUUUUCCCUAAAACAACGUGAAAUAAGAUAAACUUUCUUAAAAGGAUCUGCACUUAUAAAUGAAUAUAAACAACUGUAGGGAUCUUGUGAAGGGCGGGGCAUGAGAAAAUAGAAAUUCUAAAACAAAUUGACAGAUUUUAAAGCUAGUCUUUAAAAAAAAUUCAUCCAAAAUUUCUCCCAGCCCUCCCUCCUCCUCUCCCCCGCCGUCCCCAGGGCCAGGUUUCAUGGGUGUGCGACCCAUGCAGCUGCCCAGGGCUGGGGCUUGGUCUGCUGUCACUUUUUGACAUUCUCAAUAAUCAUUGGAUAGGUGACCCCACGUUGCCAAUCUGCAGUGGGCCCCACGGAUUGUGAAGCGGGUCCCGGCUAUUGUAAACUGGACAAAUCACGGCAGUGCUAUAGCGCCGCUGGGCUCUUGGCCUCAGUCCUUUCUCCUUCUCCCCGAUGGCAGGGGUACCCCAGGCAGGGAGGUGCUUGUGUUCCGUUUAAAUGGUCUACACUUUGGCCAUUUCCUUUUCUGAGUCCUUUCAAAAGGCGGAGAGUUCAGGGAAGCUGUAUGUAACACAAAGACUCAUUGCCGUAGCAACCACCAUCUAGAGAGCAUGCGUCCAGACCGUGCUGGGGUUGGGACGGGGGAAUAGGUGCGGAAAUUGAUCAGUACAGUAUAACACGGUCAUUACCGUGGUGAAGGUGCGGGGUGCAACAGGCCAGAGGGGAAGGUGAUUUUUCCUGGGUGGAAGGUGGUGGUGGACCUUUAAACGGGCCUGCCUGUUGAAACCGGAUGGGCACUAGAAAGUAGGUGGAGGUAAGAAAGGAGCAGAGGGAGAGAGGUCACAGAGAGCCCCAUGGGCCCACUGAGGAGCCUGAACUUCGGCGUUUAAGCAAGGGACGCAGGUGAUCAGCUUGGCCCUUCAGGAGGAGUGUGCUGUGGUGGGGGAGACAGGCCGGGGGUGGGGUGGGAGAACACAGGAAGGUCACUUGCAAAGACUUGCUUAUUCUGCAAAAUCCAUAAGCUCACAGACUCAUCUCUUUUGCUUUAAAAAAACAGUAGAUUGAAUUGUGUCUUCUUUGCUUGUUUAAAAAACGUGAGCCUUCCUGCCGCUUUUUUUUUUCCUCUAACCCAGACCAGCGUUGUUCUUCAAAGUCACAAACCCUUGUAUUUAAGAAAAGUCAUGGCAGCUCAAUUUGGUGGUAAAAUUCUAAUGCUAUAUCUAAAGCAAACAGGUUUGCAAAGCAGAAGGACCAGUUUGUGGCCAAAUAUUUUAUACCGGAGGGAGUUAAAUAAUAAACUAGGUUAAAAAGAAGAUAUGCUAUGAGGAUUGUAGAAAUAAAAAUUGUCUCUAACAGGGCUCUUUAGCUGGGUUCCUCCACUUGUUUUCUGCCUAUAGGUGACUGCACUUGAACUGUUAACUUUCUGGCUCAGUGCUUAGCUGUGCUUGGCAACCACUACUGCUAGAGGAAGAAGGUGAGUAUAUAAUCACAGACACGGUAGAUAAAGAGAAGGUUCCGAAAUGAUUUCCUCACACGUA